AUGAAAACAGCAGAGCUGGUGUUUAUCCCUUUCCCCGUCGUCGGCCACCUUUUCUCGGCGGUGGAGAUCGCGAAGCUCCUCGCCAGCCGAGACCAACGCCUCUCCAUCACCGUCCUCCUUAUGCACUUUCCCUUCGAGACCAAAACUUAUAAGCCCGAAACGUCAAUCCCCCAAAGGAUCCGUUUUGUCGAUCUUCCCAAUGACGACUCCAUGUUGGAAAGAUUCCCCAUGAGAGGCCACGGCUUCCUUACCGAAUUCAUCAAGCUCCAGAAGCCCCACGUUAGAAACGCCGUGUCACAAUUAAUAUCCGAGUAUUCUGAGUCAACUCAACUUGCCGGGUUCGUGCUCGACAUGUUCUGCACCUCCUCCAUGAUGGAAGUGGCCGAUGAAUUCGGUGUUCCGGCUUACUCCUUCUUCACCUCCGGCGCCGCCUUUCUUGGUCUCCUGUUACAUCUCUACACUCUUCAGGAGGAUUUCGGUAAAGACUUGACCGAAUUCAAGGACUCAGACAUUGAGUUGCCAGUUCCUGCUUUCUCCAACCAGUUGCCCACUAAGGUCCUGCCCGCGGAGGUGUUCGACAAGGAAAACGGCGGGUUUGCCAUGUUCAAUACUGUUGUGAGUAAGCUGAAGAAAACUAAAGGAAUCUUGAUCAACACGUUCGAGGAACUAGAAUCUCAUGCAGUCAAGUCUCUCCGCGACGACCACACAGUUCCGCCUGUUUAUCCAGUGGGGCCCAUUGUGAACCUCGACAACAAAAAAUCAGAAAAAGCAAUAAUGACUUGGUUGGAUGAUCAACCCCUCUUGUCAGUGGUGUUUCUGUGCUUCGGUAGCAGGGGUAGCUUCGAGGAGGAUCAGGUGAAGGAGAUAGCCCAUGCGCUGGAACGUGCCGGCCAUCCUUUCUUGUGGUCCCUAAGAAGACCGCCGGCAAAGGGAAAAAUUGAGGUGCCAAGGGAGUACGAAAACCCGAACGAAAUCCUCCCAGAAGGGUUCAUGGUCCGAACGGCUGAGAUUGGGAAAGUGAUAGGGUGGGCCCCACAGGUGGCGGUAUUAUCACAUCCUGCCGUGAGGGGUUUUGUGUCGCACUGUGGAUGGAACUCAACGCUAGAGAGCUUGUGGUGGGGUGUGCCAGUCGCAACGUGGCCAUUAUACGCGGAGCAGCAAAUGAACGCGUUUCUGAUGGUGAGGGAAUUUGGAUUGGCGGUGGAGAUUAAGCUCGACUACGAGAAGGAAUUUUACAAGGGGGAGGGGCCGCCAGUGUUAGUGACGGCGGAGGAGAUAGAGAACGGGAUAAAGCGGCUAAUGGAGGGAGACGAGAGUGUGGAAAUCAGGGAGAGGGUGAAGGAAAUGAGCAAGAAGAGCAGGACCGCCAUGAAGGAGGGUGGAUCAUCUCAUGCACAUUUGGGGCAGUUUAUCGAGGCAGUGAUUGACAACGUCUCUUAA